UAAACAGCGGGCGAUUAAUGUCAAACGAAAUUCCUGAAAGAAUAAUUUAUUUGUUUUAUAAACAAUUCAGUUACAUGUUAUGUUAAUACGGUCACAAUUUCACCAACUAUGAGCAGCCACGAAGACGAUGAUUUAGACGACGAUUUGCCGUGCGUGUCUCUAAGCCAGUCGACGGGUGGAAAGAGUGAGUUGGAGAUGCCACCAGCUUCGCAGCUGGCGUCGUUGCGAGCUCGUGAGGACGCGGCGGAGCGCGCGUUGCAAGAUUUACAUGAAAACAAUGAUCCACUUCUGCUCUGCCUUUCUAGAAGUACUAGCCAGAGCUCGGCCAGUGAGGAGGGCGAGGCCGCAUUAUCAGCAGCAGUAUCAGCACUGCAAGUAGCAGAAACCCCGCCCGACACCCGGGGAAUGUGCGCAGAACGCCUAACGCUACUGACGUCUAUGAGGGAACAUUUUCCGGAGGACAAGGAGUUUCUUGAUAAUUAUAUAAAGAUGAUGAAGGAGAAACCGGAGGCGGUAGAUGGUGUUACUGAACAUAUCCUGCAAGGCAUCUCUUCAGCCCUAAUAUCAGGUCGCACGGCGGACAUCCCCGGAGCAGCGGCCUGGCUGCUGUGCGUGUCGCUCAGCACGGCGCGCGCGCUGCGGGCGCGCCGCGCGUUACACGCUGUCUUGGACCGCGCCGGGGACGCGCGCGUGCGGGCGCUGGCGACGGCUGCUAGUGCGGCUAUACAAGACGCGGAUCAACUAUUGGCAGCUCACGACGCAGUACGGACUGGAACUAGACGCGGAGCAGAUGAACUAGCAUCCAUCCUGCUCGCUCACGCCAUGGCAAGGGUUUUAGCGCAAAAGGAAACAUCGCCCUCCGAUUCUGACCCACCUUCCCCUUUAUCUGCCGAAUCUAUUAGAUUGGUUCGAACUGCCUGGAGAAAGCUACCAACUCGUUUGCAACUCACAUUGCUGCGUUGUGUUGGACGCGCGCUUGCCUCUGCGGGGGACACGCGGGACGAAAGGGAAAAGGGGGACAUAAAGGAAACGGGGGACAUGAAAGAAGCCAUGGUGGAUACUGAAAAUGAAGAUGCGAUAAUCAAAAUGGACACUGAAGACGUGAGCGGCGUUAUAUCAGAAGAAUCAGACAAAGAAAACAUACUUCCUAAGGCAGAAAGUACGAAUGACAUGGAUAGUACACAAAAGACCAAUACUGAAUGUAAAAUAGAGAAAGAAGGAGGAGCGGCGUUGCUGGCGGCGAUCGGGCAACCCCUGCCUCGAGCUUCUGCCUUUGACAUUAAUAGGCAACAGGUAUUAACAAACGUAUCAAAACUUCAACUAAUAUUCCGCAAACGAUUCAUAAGCGAUCCAGAUGAAAACCCACUAGAUGCCGGACUGAACUUAUCUCAGAACUCAGUAGACGAAUCCCUAGAAGCCACACCCACAAAAACGGAGGUAAAAGUACAAAUACCGAUGAAACUGGUCACACCUAUGAGACUCCGUUUCCCAAUUUUACAAUCUCAAAAGACACAGGCAAUUUUAAAAACACCUGAACCAAAUAACGGGCCGAUAAAGAAGAUUGCGAAGGGGCAGAAGAAGAUGGAUGAGUUUUUUAAACCACAAGUAAAAGUAAUAGAAGAUAAGGAACGUUCGCCUGAACCAAAAAGAAUUAGAAGGCCAGAACGAAGAUGUGCUAAGAAAAAUGAGAAGAGUUAGUUUUUCUACAGUUAGUUAGUUAAUACAGUGGUUUUGAUAUGUCUAAGGGGGUCUCUAUUGUUUCUCAUAAAGUUUUAAGUCAUAAUGUUUGUCUAAAUUUUCGUUAGUCAUAAUUUAGUUUUUCUCAGAAGCGCGUAACUUUUCAGAAUUGUUAAAUAUAUUAAUAACGGGUCACUCACGUGUUUUAAGUCGAAAACGCUCGACAUGUUUCACUCCGUACCGAGGAGCGUCAUCAGGAGCUUGCGUCGACGGUGACGGACCGGCGCAGCUUCUCUGCGUUAUUAAUAUAUUUAAUAUGUCUGUCUCACGGAAGUUUUGUUAUUAAAAUUUUCAGAAUUGCUAUAAAACAAACCUAACCUACCUUCACCUAUGACACCUAUCUAUAGGAUAACCUGACGAAAAUCCUGAAAUGUUAACGGUUUCAAAAUUAUGACUAACGAUAAUCUGACAAUCAUUACAUUAUGACUUUCAAUAAUUAUGUCAAACAACGGGAUCCCGUCUAAGGUGCAUUACACAAUAAGUUCUAUGUUGUCGGGGACUUGACGCGUAUGGCAGCUACCUCAAUAACCUACAGAAACCUGUAUAACAUAAAGCCUGACCAGGAAUAUAUGAUCACGCGCCAUGUUGCGGAAUUUCACUGUAACUAAUUUUUUCAUACUAUACUGAACUGUCACCAUAUACAUUGAGAAUAACAGCGCCCUCUUGACAAUGAUCAUAUAUUUCUGGUCAGGCUUUACCAUUGAAUUUAACCCUUAAAUGCAUAUUGUUGCCAAAUGUAUACAAAGCAUUGGACAGCUCAGAUUCAACAGAAAAAAGCUUAAGUUACAGUCCUUAUAAAUAAGUCCAACCAAAAAAAAAAACAUGCAUUUAAGGGUUAAAGCUAGCAAACGUUAUCAUGCCAAAUAUCGGCUACUUAGUUUUAUCAGAAGUGUUAAAAAAAAUAACAUCCUCACCUUUUCUUUAAUAUAUGGACAUCUAUUUCAGUUAACCUUUUGGACGCCAAUGACCGAUAUAUACGCACCGUAGGUUCAACGCCAAAGACCGAAUAAUCGGUCAUAGACCACAGAGCAACACAGACCUACAUACAUAUAAUGUCCGCGCGCGAAUUCCGUGCACGGCUGAGGG